GUUAUACGUUGAGUGGUGAGUGCAGUCUCACAGGAUUCGCGCGGCUUUGCCUUGACUCGCGACUCGUAUCGCGAUCACUAGCCUCAGUCGCGUUUUGCGCGUCGAGGUGCAAGUGUGUUCUGUUUUCUCUGUACGAUUUUAUACUUGUUAUCUAAGUCGCUUGCUUUUAUUUAUGUUACAGUAAUUUUUAGUAAUUAUUUAUUUCAAAACAUUAAUUAGUCUGCUUUUUUAAAACAUCCCACGUAGAUAUCAAAGACGUUUUUUCUUAAGAUUUUAUAAUUAAGAUUUAAUUUAUAUCAGCCCGUAUGUGAAAUAAUUUAUUGGAGUCGAUGCUGUGGAAAAAACAGUAACUUGUUCCUGACUCAAAAAAAAAAAAUUGCAUUUUCAUUUUAUGACGUCAGUGAAAAUUAAAAAUUAGAUAUUUAAAUUUAUUUAAGCUGGAGAUAAAAAUUAAUAAAUAUUAAGUGCAUGCAGUUGUAAUAAAAAUUUUUCUUCUUUAUCUCAAAUGUAUUCCUCCAUAAUUAUAUUCACGUACUUGAAUGGUAUCAAGAUUUUCGUGUUAAAAGUUUUGUACAACACUAGACACUUUACAAAGCUCUCAGUAAUACUGUCAAAGGACAUUCGGUUGAAUAAGUUUGUCAACUUAUAAGAAGUUAUAAAGCGUCGCAUCAUAGGUAAUUCAGAAAAUUUAACAAAGUUUCAAUGGAUUUAAAAUGCUUCAAUUCACACUAUUAGAGGGAAGAAUCUUCAAUUAUAAAACUUUCGUCACAUAAAACAAAUAUAUGUGUUAUAUAAAUUAAUAGUGGGUAAAAAAAAUUUUCCAAGUGUUUUCAUGCAAAUAAGUGGCAAUGGCUAAGAAAAUAGAUAAAUUAUAUAUCUAUAUAUAAUUAAUUGCAGAUGUUAUUAGAGUAUUUUAGUGAUUGGAAAUAAUAGUUGGGAAACAAUAUUAUAAAUCAUAUUACCAAUAGUGAUAAGUUUGAAAAUAAAAAUAAAAAGGUGGAGGUGCUUGUGGCGAAAGAGGAAGAGGCGGAAAGAAGGUGAUUGAGGUAGAAUGGGAAAAAACCUAAGGACGGGAAAUGAACUCAGGACAAGAUGAGGAGAAUCGAUUGGUGAUAUCACUUGAGCCACGUUCGAUUCUGGCUCGAGACAUAACUAAGACAACAGAGAGAGAUGUCUACUGAUGAAACGGUCGCCCUGUUGUCCGGCGACAACGAGACCAUUUUAGAACUUGAUAACGAGAUUCUUGACGUUACCAAUGUCACAGAAGAACGCUAUAAUGUCACAUACGUUAUGCCAAAUACUUCGUCCAUGUUUGAGGUCAACGCCACCACUGAAAUUGACUCUUUCUACUUUUACGAGACAGAACAAUUUACAUUACUGUGGUUAUUAUUCACAGUGAUAGUUGUUGGUAAUCUCUCAGUGCUGAUGGGUCUGUUCAUGGGAAAGCGACGAAAAUCACGAAUGGAUUUUUUUAUUAAGCAACUGGCCAUCGCUGAUUUACUCGUCGGUUUAAUUUCAGUACUGACGGAUAUUGUGUGGCGAGUAACGAUAAUAUGGCAUGCAGGCAACAUUGCUUGUAAGCUCAUCAAAUUUUUUCAAGUGGUUGUGACGUAUAGUUCGACUUAUGUAUUAGUCGCACUUUCGAUUGACAGAUAUGAUGCCAUUACAAGGCCGAUGAAUUUUUCCGGAAGCUGGUGGAGAGCCAGAGCUCUAGUUGCAUCUGCUUGGGGAUUAUCUGUGGUAUUUAGUAUUCCAAUUAUUUUUCUUUAUGAAGAAAAGCUUAUUCAGGAAAAAAAGCAAUGUUGGAUAGACUUAGGUUCGCCUAUAAAUUGGCAAAUUUAUAUGAGUAUAGUUAGUUUCACAUUAUUUAUAGCACCUACUGUAAUUAUUUGUGGCUGUUACUUGGUAAUAGUAACGACAAUUUGGACACAAAGCAGUGCGUUACGUCAAAGCCCAAUGCGCGAUGAUAGACGGGCAUCGUCUAGGGGAUUAAUACCUCGGGCUAAAAUCAAAAGUGUGAAAAUGACAUUCGUUAUUGUUUUCGUUUUUGUUUUAUGUUGGAGUCCAUAUAUUGUGUUCGAUUUACUUCAAGUAUAUGGCUAUGUACCAAAAACACAAACAAACAUCGCAGUGGCGACAUUUAUUCAAAGUUUGGCACCAUUGAAUUCAGCAGCAAAUCCAAUAAUAUACUGUCUCUUCAGUACGCCAUUUUGCAAGAACGUACGAAACAUGCAGGCGGUUUCCUGGGUUUCGGGACGGUGCUGUCCGUGUUCAUAUAAUUGCUUUAGCGCCAGUAAUAUUCGGAGGGGUACGACGAGAACGACAACAGUUACAACAUCAUUGACUGCUCUUUCGUCAAGAAGAAGUGGACAUAUUUCUAUGCUACAUACAGCGUCAAAGAAACACGUUAUGGUAUCUUUUGUCUAAAUCAUAUGAAUAGUAUUAUAUAUAUAUAUAUAUAUAUAUAUAUAUAUACCCUGAAACGUCGAUUAAAUAUGUAUAAAAAUCGUAAUAUCAAUUUAUAAAUCUACGUGUCUUUAUAAAAUAGUCUUCGAAAAAUUUCAUUGCGAUUCUUGAUUAUAUAGGGGACGGGGUGGGCAAAACGGGCUACCCCCAAAAUUUUUACAAAAAAAAAAAUAAUUUUUUUCAAAUGUUUUUCAAACAUUCCAACAGCACUUUUGUAAAUAUAAUUAAGCAUUAUUUUGAAUUUUGUUUGUUAAACUUUUUUAAAAAUCGACUGUCAGUCGAAAAAUUUUAGUCUUUUGUUUUAUGAUAAAAACUAUUAAAAAUUUUUUUUUCUUUCCAAUGUGUGCAAUAAUUAUGUAAAAAGAUUCAACGUAUUUGAGUCCUCGAAAAGUUAGUAUUGCCCUUCCUCCCCUACAUUUUUCAACUUUUUUUUUUUUAAACUUAAAACAAAAACCAAUAAUAUAAUGAAUUAUUAAUAUUAUUCAAAUUAAUAUAGAUUAAUUAAAUCAAAUUUUAUUUAGAGAAUAUAAUUACUGCUCUUAUGUGUACUAUACAAACUAUAUAAUCUCUACUACAAUUGAAUAAAAUUAAUUUUUUA